AAGCGAAAUAAAUACAACAUAUUAAGGUCGAAUCAGACCUACUGUCUAUGUCUUUGACAUAAGUACUUACUACACUCCGUAGUUAGGUGGUUGACGUAUCGGCUAAUCUUCUCACUGGUCGUGUAACAUGAUACUAUUCAAUGGGAAGGGUGAAUUUGACGCAAAAAAUACAUACUAAGUAUAUAGACUUGAGAAGUAUAGCCAUCAUAGCAUAAAUGCGGAGGUGACUAAGAUCAUCCACAAACUUCGCCUUAAGAGGUGGUGAGACAUUUUUAAUAUCGUAUCUGUUGUGUCUCGCGCACUUUCACUUUGUGCUAUCUAUAUCUGGAAUGUGCCGAAGUCGAACUUUAUUUGGUUUUCUUCAUUUCAAAAUUGUUGAAAGGAAUCAUUCAUUGUACAAUAAAUGAAAACUUCUAUUCCGCCGCUCACGCCGACAUUGUAUAAAUCAUCUUACUACAACGAAAGAAGUGUGAAUAAUAGAACGCGAACUACAUACUGAAUAAAGACAUAGUAGUUGUACCUACAACGAAAUAAGGAGAAGCGUCUUUCAUACUUAAGGAGAAAGAAAUGGUCCUGCUCUCGGCCUCUGAACACACGGCGCUAAUAUCGUAACGAAGUAGAAGACAAACGGGUAGGCUAAGCGAUACUCGUGCAGACGACGACGACAGAGGUAUAGUAAACGGACAACGGAGGACAAACGCCGCAAAGAAGAAGAGAAGUCUAGAAGCAGGACGCGCAAUUCUAGAUGACGAAGUUCAGUAUCAGUUUGAUGCAGCUUUCUACCACGCCGUAGUAUUAUUCAUCUGAAAAGUGAAGCAACGGAAAAAUGGCUUUUUUAAUACUGCAAUCUCUUCAGACGGAAAUACAACUUCAAACUUCUUCUAUAUUUUCGGAACAACGAAAAUCUUCUUCUAUCAAAAUAUCAUGCAAGAACUUAUCCACACGUAGCAGGAACUUGUAUUCGAACUUCUCCUAUAGUGGACGCGCAAAGGAACAACUUCUACUCUUGCAUUCUGAGGAAGAUUCGGUGGAGGACGCACUGCGUCCGCCGCCAGUCACCGGAGAAGACUAAACAGUAGAACACGUAAACUACUACUACGCUUCUUCUUCAUAAAGACAGCAAAGAUUUUUGUAGAAAGAAAGGAGACGAGGAAAACAGAGAAGCUGCUAGAAUUUUAGAAACUCUACAGCCUAGCCAUAGAGGAGAUAAAGGAGCCGCGGAAUCUCUUCUAGCAGAGAAAGGAGAAACGCUUCUUCUGCUUCUUGAUAACUCCUUCGUGGUACAACAUACCGUACUAGUACAACAAGGGGCUACUACGUAUAAAAAGCUAGAAUACAACGAGAACAACCAGCGACAUUUUGUUUUCUCAGCGACGCAAAAAUUUCAAAAAAACGACACCAGCAAGAACAAACGUAGCGACGACAAACACAACAGCGACAACAUCGAAAUGAGCGGCAAGAUGGCUGGUGGUGGCUCUUCCUCUUCGUCGGGGCUUAAUCCGAACCAACUGGCUGCGAUGAAGGUUUUUUGCACAACGUUUACUUUUGGUCUUCUAUCUCUAUCGUUCAUGUCAAGCUUCAGAUCAAUUAAGUACAAAAAAUUGUCAACAUUCAUCUCACCACCUAAAUUUCUUACACACAAUAUCACAAUAUGAAUAAAUCACAGACCCAAUGCGAAUCCUCUUGGUUCAUUGACCCGCAACGGGCUAAGACCCUCAUCCGCUUUGUCGGUCUAAAGGGAGAAUUGAAACCGUUUGGUAGUUAUACCAGUGGUCUGAUCACAAAGACAAGCGAUUUGGACGUCAUGUACGAACGCCACGAAGAAGAAAGGGACAUGCCGGCAGUCAGUAUCCUCCAAAAAUUCAUGGAUGCAUUGUCCGAAUUGGGUACUAAUUUCUAUUUUUUAUGAUACAGUGUAUGGUAGUAUGGAUUGAGGUUCACAUGAUAGUACUAAUAUGGUAGUUAGUAUAGAUUUCAUCCGUAGCUACUAGGACUACAUCAUGGUUGAACUACGGACUGAGGAAACAAGAUAAACAUUUAAGUAUUCCAACGUAGAAGUGCUUUCUUACUUUCUCUACUCAACAUUGAGAUUGUAAGCAUAGUGCGUUGUUCCUCAAAUAAAUUGAACCCGUCAGCAGCACAGCAGCUAGAACGAGCAAACCAUAAUCAAACUACCUCCACAGGUUUCGUGAACUUCGUCACCGUUUUCCAAGCGGCUUUGCCCCUCCUCAAACUGAUGGACCGACACGGUGUGGACAUCGAUAUCUGUGUGGACAACCAUCUCGGCUAUCGCAAUUCCUUACUCAUGGGAAGUUAUGCCAGAAUUGACCGCAGGGUUUCGGAUUUCAUCCGAAGAGUCAAGUGCUUUGCAAAGAGAUUCGAGAUCGUAGGCAGCACAGAUGGCCACCUAAACAGCUAUGCCUGGACUCUGAUGGCAGUGUAUUACUUGAUGCACACGGAGCCCUUCCCAGUGCUGCCGAAUUUACAAGCAUUGGGACUGCAGGACCCGGGGACUGUGAAAAAGUAGAUUAAUAUUUUUCUAUUCGAUUUUAGGUGAAUUAUGAUAGUCGUGUUGAAGCUGCGCAGUUGGCUGAGUGGUUUAGAGGCGUUGGCCUCUGUACACUUAUCAGAAGCACUUCUUGCGUUGUUCAUGAAGCACUUUAUUUACACUAUAUUAUAGUACUUCUACAAGAACACGACUUUGCCUCUAACUACAGCACACUACACUACACUCCUACACGUACACAGGACAAUCCCCGAUUCUCGUUGGGGCCAGGAGCGCGAGUGGAACGUCACUUUCUUUCUCGAAGUGCAAAAGAUCCCGCCAAGCGUAAACGCACGACCAGUGCAAGAGCUACUUGCCGAGUUCUUCGACUACUAUGCCAACAAAUUCGAGUGGUCCGCCAAGGCUGUGUCCAUCAGGCAGGGCAUGACGGAGUUUGAUUCCGAAACUGGGGUAGAACGAAAAGCACUUGACGAAUUCGUCGUCUCGCAAAUGGAGCGGGAGAAACAGGAUUGGUGCAUAGAAGAUCCGUUCGAUUUGUGCCAUAAUUUGGCGGGAAACGUCACUGCAAGGGGCAAAAAAAGGAUAAUGGCAGCACUGCGAAAGGCGACAACAGAAAUACACUCACAAGGACCGGAGAAAUUGACGCAAACUUUGCAUGAGGUACUGUGAGAAGCUGCUUUUUUUGUACUUGUACAAAGGCUACAAAUUAAUAUGGUAGGGGUCUAGUUCAUUAUAGUUUUCUUGCCAUGAAAAAGAAGUUGAUGCCGGAUCAAACUCCACCACAACAGCUCUGUCCCGUAUCCUGGCGACCGGAGAGUGUUUACAUGAAGUGCCGAGUGAAUCUGGAGAAGAUCACCGAGGAGGAGUUUGUGGAAUCCUUUUCUGAAGUGGGUUUUGAGCAGGAUGUAGUAUUGUGGUGGCCUAGCGGUGGUCGUGGUCAGGUCCUCGACGCUUUUCUGCAGUUCAAGACGGAUCGUACUACUUCUAGAAUUGAUUUCAUUCAAAAAGUUUUGGAAGAACAUGUUUGAACCUUCAUCGCGACGUCAUGUUGAUCGAAGAAGCUUUUAUUGUAUUUGUUAUGUUCAGAAAGUGGAUUUUCUGUAUUGGUCGAAGCCCAUUUCUGUUCACGAUGAUCCUUAUAAUAAAUCGUUUCCCAGGUGACCGCAAGCGAGCGCACACGAAGUCAGAGUCAUACGUAGGAAGCUGGCAGAUCCGAUUGCUGUAUUGCUGCUGUGCUGUCGUGCAGGAUGUACUACUUGUUUUUUUAGACAUAGUGCGCUGUACUACGAAAACACAUCCAUGAUGGAAAGAAAUGUUUUUCAGCAGAUGCAAGACAGCUUUGACUGUCUACACUGUGAAGAACAACCCAUUUUUGUCACUACCUCUGACAGUAAGAAGUUGUGAAAUUAAAUUUGAAUCGUAUGUGAGGAUCAACGAUCGUCUUCGCAUGAUGAGAUACUUUCGUUUCUUCCCAACAACUACUCGUUGGAUGAGGAAAGAACGAAAUUUUGUCACUACCUCUGACUCCACGACGUGGGAAAUUCUUCUAUGAGCAAGCCAGAAAGGAUCAAAAUCCACAUCAUAAGCCCUAAGCCCUAAGGACCCCAACCCCACGACCACAUCAGGCUUACCACGACAACAAUGCGCAUUUGCAACAAGCGGUUAUUAAGUGUAAAAAAGGAACCGAUGCGGCGUUGACACUUCCACUGCCAGUGUUCCCAUCAGUGAAAAGCGCAAUUUCGGCGGUGGCAGCACAAGAUCCGAAACAAAAAAAUUUUCAAGCGUUGAGACAGUAUUACUUCUCUUUUUUGAAUUUUUGCUGUUCUCCACAGUUUUCUUUCCGGCUUGUGCUUCGUGAUCACCAGUCGUGUAUUUAUCCUUCUCUCUUCUAUUGAUUUUACACUGAAGAUGUAUUUCUCAAUUCUAAACUCUACUAAGUAACUCAUCUCUUCACUCCCACACUCGACUCUCAAUUAACUUAUAAACUCCUCUCUCGUUAACAACUUCUCAGCUUGUACUUCAUCGCGCAGAACCAAGUGCAUUUGACCAACAACGAGAAUCGAAAAGCAGAGGAUUUCACGGUAGAUGCCAUCCGCAACUUGGGACAGUCAAUGACCACCGCCACCUACCUCUUGGGUCAAAUGGACUCCACUUUCCUUGAGCAUUUCCUUCAAGAUCCACGAAACGCACCGUUGAUUUCGCAAUUGCAAGAGUUACAUCAUUUGUAUCUGCGACUGGAGAAGGGCGAAUUGCCGGAGAUUCUGGCAGGCGACACAACGACGCCAAGAGGAGGAGCGAUAUCAGACGAGGUGGGGAGUGUGAAAGGCGAUCUUGGAGGUGGUCCGGGAGCACAUCAACAUCAGCAUCAUCACGUAAUCUCUGGGGAUGAAGUUGGAGGACCGGGAGUAGGAGCAGCGGCUGCAACAGCUAUUUUGACUGGGAACGCUGGAGUGGUGGUCUCCGGAGGUCUCGGAGGAGGUAGUGCAAAUCAUGCUGCAGGAGGAGUGCCGCCAGGUGGGCUUGUUCCCGGAGGACAUGCACAACAUCAGAACAACAACAGUAGAGCAGCUGGAAGACACCCUCCACAAGUAGCACCUCCUGUUAUGCAAGGAGCUCAGGUGGAUCCAUCACAACACCCACAAGUGCAAGCGCAACACUCAGCACAAGUACAAGCGCAACACCCUCCACAGGCAGCACAACACCCACAGGCAGCACAACACCCACAGGCAGCUCAACAACACGGACCAACCGGAGGAACGCCAAUAGAUCAUCAGAUUGCCGGUCCGCCAGGUAUGACUACAGGAGGACUGCCACUAGGCAAAACACCACAGCAACUCUCCAACGACAUCCUACAUGGCCUACACAGGCUCAUUCCCAACCUACCGUCUGCAGUCCCAAAUGAAUUCUUGUCAACAACAUUCAGCAAUGCGGCAUUCAUGCCGCCGGCGGAGCUUAGGAGGACUUUGUUGGAGGUACUAGUGUAUCUGGCUUUUUUUCUCUUGCUUUUUAACUAGGAUGUUCGUUGUAGCACUAGAAAUAUGAUGAGGGCAUGAUGAGUAUAAUUUCCUAUCCUCUUGUUUGUCCGAUCCUAUUCCGACGAUCGUUCAUGCUCGCUUCUUCAACACUCAGAUCAAUUCUGUAGCAAGCGCAGCGAAGAAGCCGGAUAUUCAACAGCAGGUCACUGGAAAAAAGUCGGCGCAGCAAAAUAUGGUUUUUGCUUCGUGGGUGGAGUCAGUCAUCAAAGAUCAUGAAGCCGUUUAUGCAGUGCAUGGCGCAGCUGGUAGGGCACGAGGCGACAACAAUCCUAGUGCUGGAGCAGGUGGACAACAGGGACAAGGUGGGCUCCCACCAGGUGGUGCACAGCAUCAAAGUGGAAUCCCUGGUAAUGGUGCCAGUGGCGGUCCAGCUAAUGGUCAAGCUCAAGGUCAAGGCCAACACCAACAGGUUCCGGGAGUGAUGACACGUCCACGCGGAGGCAAUCAACGCGGAGGACCUCCACAGCACUUGGCUCAAACUGGAGCUGGUGGUCCACAACACAUGAUGGGACAACAACCACCUAGUAUCAUGGGCAAAGGAGGUCUCGGGAAUUCUGCUGCCGCGGUUAGUAGCUCGUAUCCCGGUGGCUUGCCUGCUCCGCCACCAGGCAUGGGUCCAGGCCCACUAGGGCCUGGUCCGCCAGUGGUCGUUGGACGGGAUGCAUUGAAGGGGAGAGGGAAGAAAAAUAAUCCAGCAAACGCAGGCGUCGCCUAUCCACCACAACAGCCAGCAGGAGGACCGCAAUUACAGUUGUUAUGGAUGGACUUUGUGACUUUAAGUUUCGUAUGAACUAUUAUCGUAAAUCGUCUUCGACUUUUUGAAGUUAAUAAUUGCCUGUUUACCAGUAAAGACCACCUGACAAAUUUUCCCUCUUUCCUCAUAUCGUCCCCUCUUCUCCCAGCUUCUAAUGAUUCCGAUCAGUAGCGCCGGCGACAUUUCCAAUUCGAGCGACCCGACCAAUGAGCACUCGAGCUCAAGCGACAGUGGAGCGCCUGGAUCUAAGAAGUAUCUGACUAAGACGCAGAUGGAGAACUUUCUUAGGACCAAUCCAGGUCUCGUGUCAGCCGCUAGGGAACAUCCGUCUCUGGUAGCCAGCUUCAUGUCGCAAGACGAUCGGGAAAUCGCAAACGAGCUGGUGGCAAAAGUGCUCGGCAAGAACCCCAACACCACCCAUGGUAGCAGAGGAGGAGGACCUCCAACCGCUGGUUCAGUUAAGGCUUCCCCUAAUGGUCCCUCUCACCCAUUUUGAGAGACGCCAGCAUCCUAGGAGAGAAGCCUCCUAGGAGAUAAGGGGAAAAAGCUCCCUCUAGGACGCGCACUAUCUUGAGAUGGAAGAGGACGAUCAUUAGGGUGAGCGCUAAUUCAGGAGUAGGACCACCAGGCUCCGCGGGACCACCAGGAAGCGGCGUUGCACAGGCUCAGGGAGUUUUAGUCCCUCCUCCGUCUGCAGGAGACGCCGAGGUGCCAGGAGGAGGCGAUCAGAGCGGAGCAGGAGUGCAAGAAGCGCCACCGCCGCCGCCGCCGGUACAAUUUCAGUAGUACUGGAUGAUGAUGGUAUUGUCAUAGAAUUGAUUCAUUCAUAAUAACAGAGAACUUGAACAACUUGUUGUAAAGAAAAUCUAUCGGAAUCUAUAGAGAGAUCUUCUCUUAUUCGUUGAGAGAUCGUUAUCAUUGUAAUAUUUCUUCUCCACCUCGUCCUACUGUGAGAGAGAAGUGAUAUAUAAUCUUCUCGUUUGUUGUUGUCUCUUUUCAUGUGAUUAUACCAAUGUUAAAGUUAAUGUUUUGAUGAAUCAAUGCUGUUAUCGUUGUCUAGUUCUAGCUCUAUGGUCUAGACUAUCUCGUCUAUGAUGUUGUAUGUUAUGGAGGCUUGGGACUGCCAGGUGGUAGUGAUGAUGAGAACGGACGGAAGAGAAUGAGAACUACUAGAAACGGACUGAUGAAAACUUCGAGACUUCUAUGAACAAAAUUAACUGUAAGUGCAUAGCUAUCUAAGCAACGAACCACUCAGACUCUGUCUCUGCGGGUGCUACGAACGGCACUAUCAGGGGCAUGCACAUGACAACCAAAGACUGUAGUUGUCCUAUGUAGUUUGUGGCUGUCCUUCUAUGUAGAAGAAGAUGUCUAUCAUCGCAAUCGCCCAGGUAUAAGCACAUAAGAUCAUCAUCUUGGUUUACCUUUCUUCACUAUUUAUCAUAUUGUCUAGCGACCGACGAGCUGACUCCUCCAACCAAGUCUAAAACUGUUGUUGAUCAAAUCUACGUCUUGCUUCUAAACACUGAAACACAUCCAAGUACUACGUACUUCUACAGCUAUGCUCUUCUAUCAAUUUAAGAUGAAUCUAGAUGAGCUGUAGCAGCUUUCAUCUGCUCGUUGUUGUAAGUGUUAAGAAAGAUUCGUUAUACUUUUUGCCAAUAUUAAUGACUAAGAAAGAACUCACUAGAUGAAGAUGAAGAAGAAUUUCUCCAUAGUCUAUCGAAGUGGAGUCUUCUGCUCUCCAGUUGAAUUGAGGUUGUUUGUCGUUGUCCUCCUUUAAUAGACACAUCCCUAUUUACACAAAACAGGUCUUCUACUAACUUCUUUCGAAAAUUAAUCUCCUACUUCGACGAUCCUGUGGGUAUGAUCCUUCGGUUUGAGCUAUGUGAUAUCCGUCUAUCUCUCUAUUUAUUCCGAUUACAAAAAUGGUACUAUUUACAUUUGUUCCAUCACCGAAAUCUGAAAAUGGUGUUGGAGCAACAACAAUGAGUUGGCUAGAAGUGGGUCUACUUCUAUGAGAAAGUCGUAUAAGUCUGUCUUUUUUUUGCCGUCAUUUCAUUCAGCAUCGUAAUUAAAAUUAUAAAGAACUGUUCUCUUUUUCUUUAGACUCUCUCUCGCAUAAUGUAUGUUAGUUAGUUUCUACCAGAUCAGAUGGCGGGUCUCACUUUGAUUCUCUAUUUUUGAGAAUGGACAUUUACAUUGGAGGAGGAAUGUCUCUCUUUUUUUUACUUUGAUCUUUCUUAGUUUUUCAAAAAUUACAAUGUACUAGGUGUUUGUUGUUUUGUUGCUGGCUGACUCCUUAAGACAGGCAGAAAUCAAGAAUUUGAUUCCUCUGUCGUGAGUUCCGCCUCAGGCAACUUCUAUCUUUUUAUAAAUAUGUCGCAUGCAGUGUAGGUCAUUGGAAUACAGAUGAACUACAAUAUGUCAUUUUUUUUUGUGUCGAUAAAGAAGAAGCCUUGUGAGUUUUAUUGAAGUAAAUGGGUACCAACUUAGGGAAGCAUGACAUGACUAAGGGCCGCUUCUACAGAGCUCUCUCAGCUCACAGCAGUCUCUGCGUCUGUCCUGCCCUGAGAGUUGUUUGUGGUUAUAAUUUAGAUGUAACUAUGUUAGUUGUCUGUGAGUUCUGAGAAAUUUAUCUAAUGAUCUCCGACAUGUGAAGAUAAUCUCGAUACGCUUCUUUCAGGACUUCUCCUCCAGUAUAGGUAGGAAUCUUCUAUCAAUGAUGUAUAUGAUGCUGCACUAUGAAGAUGAAUGAAAAUUAUUGUCCACGCACCGCAUGUCCGGAAGUAGUCGCAUUGUGAUUAUAUCAUGUCAUGUUGGUCUGUAUAAGAAUCCCUCUUCAAGAACACACCCGUUUGUGGAUGAGAAGAAGGGGUUUGAUCGUUGAUAAAAAACGCGAUGCAUGUGCCUAAAAACGAUGAACAGAGCUAGCAUUUUUUCUCUUCAUACUAACUACAUUAUGUUGGCGUAAUAUGUUUAUUGCUAUGUAGCUGUAAUACUAGUAUGAAAUUAUACGGGAGAUAAAAGAUUAUACCUCAGCAGAGGAGUGCUGUGCCUAUAAGGGGGACAAGAAGCUUGUAUACAGUUACAGCUUGAUGUUGUGGCGCCAGUGACAAAAGCUCGACGCUCAUGGGUGAGAUGAUUGCUACUAAGUUGCUUCGUACAAAGAACGCUACGAACGCAGGUGGGAUGAUACGUAUGCAAUUCCAUCAGAGCGAAAAAGACUGAAAACAAUGGCAUAGUGGUUUACUCAAUAGACAUGAAGCAUCAUAGUGGUUUACUCAAGAAUAUCGACGGUAGCAAAUACAUAGAAUGAUAUUUUGAGCAAAAUAUAGAACGCCUACGUCGACUUGUUCUGUCUGCUUUGAGGACAGAAGAAGAGUUGUGGCUUCUCUACUCUGCUGCGUUGGCGACAGAAGGAGAGUCGUUCGCGAUGCGUGUUUUUCGAGAAGGUUACGACUUGUUCCCGUGUGUUGGUCUUGGG